AUGCCCAAGAAAGGAGGAAAGAGUAAGAACAAGAACAAGGGCGGCAAGGCUGGUGGUGCCGCCGCCGCUGCGACCAAGAAGGCCACUGAUAUUCAGAACCCCGUGACCCCUGGUCAUGAAGUUGAGGAGACUGUUGCGAAGGGAGAAGGCGAGGUCAGCGAUGUUGUCACUGAACCUAUUGAGGCCGCCACGGCGGGCCCUACCACCACUGUUCCCGAUGCGACUACCAAUAUUCCCUCAGCCGCCCCGCCGGCCUCCACUGAAGAGGCUAGAGAGAUUUUGCAGGACGCUGUAAACAAGGCGGAGACCGGCCUGGCUGACAAGGCUGCGUUGCCUAAUGGAGAGGCAAUCGGAGCAAUCGAAUCGUCCGUGACCGAGGAACCGCUCAAAUUGACCCCUGAGAAUCUGGCCCCAACUGCUGGAACGGAAACCUCCCUCCCCGAGCGCCCGAAAGAGACCGUGGCAGACACUUUCGAUACCCAUGCUAAACGGCCAUACGAGGGCAGUCUGACGGCCAAGGACGAUGAAUUGCCCCAUAAGAUCGCGAAGGUGGAUGAUACCGUUGCGGCUGCGGGUGCAACCUCUGGUCAUGUUGCUGAGACGGGAUCCUUGGCGAGGAAACCUGAAGUUCCCGCCGACACGGGUAGCGUGCAGCCUCAGAUUGUGCCAGGCCUUGGUGCUGACCCUAACGAUUAUGUGUCAACCGUCCUGAAUGUCCCUGGUCUGUCUUCCGUGGAGGAGACGUCUGAGGAGAAGUCUACGGCCACCUCGACUGCUGUGGCAUCGGCUGUUCCUGUCUCUAGCACCUCUACCGAGCCCAAAGGCGCAGAGGACAUUGCCCCAACGGGAGCCCCUACCUCUGAUAUCAGCGCUGAUGCUACUGAGAAACCCAAGGACUCUGAGGUCUCUACGGCGGAGGAGAAGACGGUCGCCACCGAACCCAACGGCGCAGAGGACAUUGCUCCAACCGGAGCCCCCACUUCUGCCGGCAAAGCCGAUCUUGUUGAGCAGCCCAAAGACUCUGAAGUUUCGAAGGCAGAGGAGACGGUCGCGAGCGAGCCUCCCGCCACCGCUGCAGCAGUUGUUACCAGCGAACCGGAGGCUCCGUCUAAAACCGAGCUGACUGCCGCCGCAGCUCCUUCAGAGAUCGUUGCCACAGAGACAGCGACUCCUUCCGGCGCAACUGCUCCUUUAGCAACCGACUCGACCGCCAACGCCGCAUCUGCAACCGCUGGCGCCGGUACUGGCACGGCAACCUCUGCUCCAGCUCCUGCCGCUGAACCAGUCCUUAAGGUUCCCUCCAGCAUUCACGAGGGCCCCGACUCGAAGGUUACUUCUGCCAACCAGUCCGCUGCCGACCAAACCGUGUCCAAGGUGGAACAGGAAACUCAGGGCGUGUCCGACAGUCCCCAGGCUGCUCUCAAGGACACCAUCCCUGAAGAGAGCCAACCGGCCGCCGAGGUGCAGGAGGGCACCGCAGCAGUCAAGGACCAGCUGCCCGAGAGUCAACCCGUUGCCAAGGAGGCACAGGAAGCGGGUACCGGCGCCGCAAAGCAGCCGGAGGAGAUUCAGAAGCCGGAAGAAGCCAAAACCAAGGAGCCCCGUGCAGUACAGGAUGCUCAGGAGGAAAGUGCUGCCACGGCCAAGAAGCCGGAGGAGUUGCAGUCGGAGGACAUCAAGAAACCCGAAGAGGCCAAGACGAAGGAACCUCAGGCCGCACAGGCCGCGCCGGCCGACACCACCAGCAAGCCGGAGGAAGGCAAGAGUCUUAUCGACCAGGGCAAGGAGGCAGUGAAGACCGAAGCCAGCAAGGCGCAAGCUCAGGCGCAAGAAACUGCCAAGGCCGAGGCUGCCAAGCUAGAGAAGCGCAAGAGCGGCUUCUUCGGAUGGUUCAAGCGUAAGCUCAAGGGCGAAAAGGCCUAA